AUGUGGAAGACGGGCCUUAACAUCCUUAAAUUCAAUCUGGCGGUUCCUGAUCUCCCAGAAGUCCUAGCAGAAGCCAAAAGAGUUCUCUGUGGAGAAAUAGUGAAUUCCUCAAUUCCACUCUGCAUUGAAAUCUCCCUGAGGACAGUGGAAGGUGACACAAUGGUCCUAGAGACCUGGAGUCUUGGAGUUUUGCCUGAACAAAGCGACCCCACCAUCAGAGUCACCUACACUGUAUACAAUAGAAUGGGAAUUUUAUUAAAGUCUUUGGUGUCUGUUUCGAGGGUCACACCGGCUUAUAAACUAAGUAGACGACAAGGACCUGAUUCUUACGUUAUUUGCUACAGAAUUUAUAUGGGGGAACCUCAGUUACAUACGUUAGGAGAUAAUUAUAAACACGUUAGAGUAGGCCAAUUAUGUACACCAGUUGGUACGAUACAUUUAUCAGUGUCAUACAGAACCAAAAUGACGAUAUCACCGACUCACACCAGUAGAGACUCCAUUAUGCUCAAGAGUGAUCAUUUUCAUUCAGAUUUAAGUCCUAGGCAUGCUAGAUAUCAACAAAGUGAAGAAAUAUCAAAAUCAUUGAGUGAUACAAUAAAAGUGGGAGCAUUUGUGAUAAAUAAGCAAGUAGUAGUGAACGAAGAGGACCUGGUGAUACCCGAUGUCCCAUUCAGUUCACUCCUGACACCUAGACAAACAUCACCACCACCAGGACCACCAGCCGAGACAGCAAGUGUACCUACUUGUGCCACCACAGCAUCCCCACCUGUUUUAGCUCCUUCUGCCAGCAGCAUCGGUGCAAUAACCUCUGAUAGUCAUAACGGAAAUGAGAAAACUGUCUUUGACAAUGUCACGUCGAAAUGCAACUCCAGGAAUGGAUCCAGACGGAGCAGCUGCUCCAUCACCAGUGCCAAUGACGAUUUCAUUAUGGUAGACUUGAAAACUCCAUUCGCUGGAACAAAUACAAACAGUGAUCUGGGUGCCUUCUACAGGGAAUGCCAGAGUGCCCCUCAGCUGCAGGCAUUCACGGAGGAGCGAACAUUAGGAGAACAAGUUGGAGACUUGACGAAACAGUUGGAGACGUUCGAAACGAAUAUGCAUAAAUACGAGGACAUCCUCACCUCACUGUGUCAAUCUGAAAACAAUAAUCAGUGAGGGGAAGAAUUAGGAAUUAUUAUCACUUUGUCAGACUGAGCUUCUCACUUAUUACGAAGCAAAAAUGAGGUUUUUUAGAUUUAGUGGAAAAUAGGAGAUGAGUCGGGACUUUUGAAUUUCGCAAAUAUCUUGAAGUCUAUGCUGAUAGAAGAUUUUAAUUUUAUUGAGAUGUUUUUUUUUUUUUGAAACAAGUAUUAUUUUGGUGAAAAAAUUUCGAUUCAAUAAGAUUUUAGGGUAAAUAUCAAUCAUUUCUUUUUGAGAUACGUUUCUUUUAUUGAAAUGAAAGAAUACUCACAAUCAAGUGAGAAUGAGAAUGUUCAAUUAUUUUUAACCUAAAAUGAUCAGCCAUCUAGGGAUUUUCAUUUGCAUAGAAGAUGGAUUAAUAAGUCACUCGAAUUUUGUCCCCUCGAAUAAAGAUGAUCUUUGAAUUGCGAUUUUAUAUGUCACAUUAAACAGACUUUGUGUUUUUCCAAUCUUUUAUCAAAUUAUCAUCAUCUAGGGUUUUGGUAUCUAAAAUUGAUGGGAUUUAUUUCUGGUAAGAAAAUACAAAUUAGCUUCGUUUUCUGGGGAAGCUGAAAGAUUCCUUGAAAUAUAAUUUUAAGCAGAAAAAAUGCUUACCAUUGGGUAGAACGAAUUGAAUUGAAUUCUAAAGCAGCUUUGUUUUUCCUCCCAGAAUAUAUCUCGAAAAGACGCAAUUGAUAUUCGCGGUAAAAUCGUAUCGGUUUGAAAAUUAUCAACCGGAUGAUGGUUUCAAAACAAAUUAUCUUGAUGAAUUUUUUUUUUUCUUAGUAUAGUGGGUUUACAUUUUUCUUUAAGGGGUAACGGAAGCCGUCGCAAAAGUGAUUAUAGAAUCAAUUGUGGACUGAGUAGUUUUAACAAUAAAUGUCAGAAGACACUUUUCCUAAAACAUUUGUGGACGUCCGCAUGAAAAGGGACCACUUUGUCGAUAUGGAGUUAUGUAUACUCUGAUAAUAUUUAUAACAUUCUGCACAUUUUGAACCCAAAAUGAUCCUCAUAGGGUGAAAAAUGCCGUCGCCGGAGCAGAUGAAAAAAACACUUUAACAUGAGUGUAAAUGGGAGUUGCUGAGACAAAAACGUGAAUAUCUCGGAAACUAGAAUCGACAAAGUGGUCCCUUUUCAUGUGGACGUCCGCAUUUAAUGAUUUACAAAAAUGGUCUUCUGACAUUUUCUCCUCAACCCACUAAUAUCUGAGAUAUUCGCGUAAUAAAUCAUGAAAUUAAAUUCUCUGUUUCAUCUCUUGUUGGUUCCCACAGAGUUGCUACUUGCUUAAAUCAGCUUUUUUGCACAAACGUUUUGAUAAACUAAACGAAUCCCCGAGAUUUCCCAAUAAAAGAAACCAAAAAGUUGAAACAAUUGGCCUUCGAUUGGAUAUCGAAAAAAUUUAUUUAUUGCAAAGUUGUUUAUAUUUUUUUUUGUUGGAAGAGGGAGUGUUCUGCUUGUUGCCUUUGCGAAAUUGAAUCAAUUAAGAAUAAAUUAAUCGAGAUGUACACACGAGGGAUAAAGUGCUUUGCUACAAAUAUAUAUUUGUAGUUUUCACUGUCAUUGGAUUAAAGAUAAAUUAUUGCCUGUAUAUAAUGUAAAUUACGUUUGUUGUAAUGUUCAUUAUUGAUUGUAAUAGUAAUAUUAUUUUCUUUUUAAAAUCAUACUUAUUAAUUAUA